AUGGACACCGUCCUCGUAAUCGAAUACGGCAACCUCGUCAACGACCCAAGCAUCCUCAUCCCAGCCAACACCCUAAGCUUCGCUCCAACCCCAGAGCGCUAUUUCAACUUCACCCCCGUCCCCAAUCCUGGCCUCAACAAUGACACCACGAGCCCUCUCGCAGCCGCCAUAGUAGGUGGUAGCAGUGCCGUAAACGGCAUGUUCUUCGACCGCGGCAGCGAAGCCGACUACGAUGCAUGGGAAGCCCUCGGGAACAAAGGUUGGGGCUUCAAAGACCUGCUUCCUUAUUUUAAGAAGUCCGUGACUUUCACGCCACCGAGUGAGGACGUAGCGGAGAAGUACAAUUAUACGUGGGACGUGGAUGCGGCGUAUGGCGGACAUGGCGAAAUCCAGGUUUCAUUCCCGCCAUACCAGUUCCCCGGGCAAAACCGGUUAUGGGAUGCGUGGAAAGAGAUUGGUGUGGAGAAGCCGAAGGAAGCUGCAGCUGCGAAUGCGAUUGGUAGUAUUAUGGCGCCGAGUGCGUUGGAUCCCGUGUUGAGGACGAGGAGUUAUGCAAGGACGGCGCAUUAUGAACCGUAUGCGAAGAGGGGGAAUUAUCAUCUUUUGACGGGGUAUCAGGCGACUGAGAUUUUGUUCAAGGAGGGUGGUGAGUUGGAGGCUGAGGGCGUGAGUAUGGUGAAGGUGGGAGGCGCGGAGAAGAGCGUUGUGAGGGCGAGGAAGGAGGUCAUCGUUGCGGCAGGUGCGAUCUGGACUCCGUGGUUAUUGCAACGCAGCGGUGUUGGUCCAAAGAGUGUUCUUGAAGGGGCUGGCAUUGCGGUCAAGAAGCAUCUACCUGGUGUAGGUGCAAAUUUUCAAGACCAUCCUUUUGGAGGCAGUGUCUGGAACUGGACGACCAACCCAUACUUUCCCACCGCUGGGGCUCUAGCGACCAACCAGACCUUCUACGCCGAAGCCGAGAAAGAGUACAUUCAGUCGCGCGAAGGUCCUCUUACAACAUCGCGAGGCAACCAAGCUGCUUUCUUACCCCUCAAAACCGUCGAUCCAGAAGGUUGGCAAACACUCGUCGAUGCUGUCGCGGCUCAAGACCCAACUCCCUACCUCCCAGCUCAAUACGAUGAAACGCUCAUAGCAGGCGCCAAAGCCAUACACAACAUCACCGCCGAAUAUCUCGCACGCGACGAAGCUGCAGCCUUUGAAUUCACCUUUGCAGAAGGUCCCAUAGGAAACGCUGCGAUCAUGCGCCCAUUGAGUCGCGGUACCGUAAACAUCGAUCCAUCUAAUCCCUCAUCUGGCCCACUGGUCGACUGGCGCACCUUUUCCAAUCCCCUGGACAUCAAGUUCGCCGUGCAAAUGGUACGCUUCUCGCGGCGCUUCAACACUCUCUCCUCUUUCGCUGGUCUCGGCGCCGUUGAACUUUCGCCUGGAUCCAAUGUUACUAGCGAUGCUGCGAUCGAAAGGUAUCUGCGCAGUACGAUGGAUCCUACGUUCGUUCAUAUGGCGGGUACGGCGUCGAUGCUUCCGGAAGAACUUGGCGGUGUCGUGGGAACGGAUUUGAAGGUUUAUGCCGUUGGGAAGUUGAGUGUGGUUGAUGCUAGUAUUGUGCCGUAUCUGCCGGCGACGCAUCUUUGUACGACGGUUUAUGCUAUUGCAGAGAAGGCGGCUGAUGCUAUUAAGGCGAGGACGGGGUGGGAUGAAUAG